AAAAUAUCUUCUUCCUAUAUUUUUUCCUCCCCCACAUUACAAAAUUAGAAAUGCAAUCGAAAACCUAUUCCGCAGGAUCCUGUGUUGAGAAGAAGCUCAGGCUUUUCGGGUUUGAACUGAAUCCACGUAGGAAUGAAGAAGCCUCCAUCAAAGGAGGAGGGUCAUCAGCAGAAGGUGGUGGGGAUGAAAGUGUAAAUUCAUCGAACUCUGUCUCACAUCCGAUAAAAUUGGAACGAUCUAGAGAGAAUGAGAAGAGCUCAACAAGUGAACCAGAUGACAAGAAAUUCGAGUGCCAAUAUUGCUUCAAGGAGUUUGCAAAUUCACAAGCACUCGGUGGACAUCAAAAUGCACACAAAAAGGAGAGAAUGAAGAAGAAAAGGCUCCAGCUUCAAGCCAGAAAAGCCAGCAUCAACAGUUACCUCCAGCCUUUCCAAACCUUCCACCACCAUGGUUCUACAGCGGCACCGUCGUGGUUCUACGACCCUUCCUCGUAUCUCAGUUCUGACCAUCCAUUCACCCUUCACGAAGAGUCCCGGAUCAGUUUCAUCCCGUUCGAUCAAAAUUAUGGGUCGUCGAGCGGGUCCCACUCCAAGGUUUCCAAUUGGUAUUCCAUGCCACCUCAGCAGCAGUUUCCUUCUUCCCAGACAGGGGAACAAGAUCAUCUUACAAACCCUAAUAAGUUUACGUUGACGCAAACGGACAGAUCGGGAGAAAGCAGGCCUGUCGUCUUCAUGCCUUCCCCUUUGUCUGCUUCGACUCAUCAGAGCUGUAAGCCGUUAGAUCUUCAGUUAGGGCUCGGCUCGCCGGCGAAGAUUCAGAGAUCUUCUAGAAGUGAGGUUUAGCAUGGUUGUUCAUUACAAACGCUGCCAUUUCUUCUCCAGUAGUUUGAGAUUUUUUAUUUUUUUAUUUUAACAUCUUCCAACUUGAAACAAAAAAAAAUAUAUGGAUUGAAUACUAACUCAGAAUUUAAAUUCA